AUGGGAUUUGGCGGUAGAGGAGGCAGCAGAGGCGGUGCAGGUUUUGGAGGAAGAGGAGGAGGUGGUGGUCGUGGACGUGGUGGAUUUGGAGGAGGAAGAGGUGGAGGUGGAGGUAGAGGUGGCAGGAGCUUCGAUCAAGGACCUCCAGCACGAGUUAUUCCAUUUGGAUAUUUUGACUACACAUGCCAAGACGAUCUUGUACUCAAGGCAGAAAUCGAAGAUGUUCCAUAUUUCAAUGCACCAAUAUUUCUCGAGAAUAAGUCACAAGUUGGAAAGAUUGACGAGAUUUUCGGUACACUGAGAGAAUAUUCAGUAUCAGUAAAGCUAGGCGACAACAUGCAAGCAUCAAGCUUCAUACCAAAACAGAAGCUUUACAUUGAUCCAGCCAAGUUACUUCCAUUAAACAGAUUUUUACCUCAACCACCAAAAGCAAAAGGAAUUGGAAAGAAGAAGAAGGGAGAAAGAGGAGCAGGAGGAACUGGUGGUGAUCGUGGAGCUGGACGUGGAGGUUUUGGAGGUGGUCGAGGACGAGGUGGGGGUGGAUUCGGAGGAAGAGGAGGAGGAGGUGGGGGAAGUCGGGGUGGAUUUGGAGGUCGUGGGGGUGGAGGCAAAAGAUGGUAA